GGAUGAGGUCGCAGCGCUGGUGUUGUACAUGUACCGGUAGGUUCAUUGACUCAUAACACCUCUUCACAAACAGCAUCAACCAUGAGAUUAUCUACUUCAGCAUUCCUCCUUGCACUGACUCUGGCAGGGACAGUCGAAGGGUUUUUUCCUUCGCUCAACAACAAUGCCGCUGCUACCAAUACUAAAUUGGUCGACGACGUCUCGUUUGUGCCACCCGAUACCACCGAGAUUUUGGAAGAUGCAUGUCGCGAUACUGCCGCUCGCAUGAAGCGGGUGAAAGUCCCCGUUUCAGCGGCCAUUAGUCCCAAGGACGGCCAGGUGGGAAUUUCCUACGUGCAUUGGCCUGCCGUUGCCAAGAAAAAGAAUCUUCCUCCCGUCGUGUUGGUGCACGGAUUCGAUUCGUCCUGUCUGGAAUACCGUCGAUUGGGAUCUCGCUUGGCGGCACAAGGCGUCGACGUCUACGCCGUGGAUAUUCUCGGAUGGGGAUAUACCCAACUCGAGGAUGUGACCGACUUUUCCGCCGCCGCCAAGGUGGAAGCCUUGCAGUCGUUUGUCAACACGGUCAUUGGCGAGCAAGCGCCGUAUUGCGUGGCCGGAGCCAGUUUGGGAGGUGCCGCCGCCAUUGAAUUGGCGGCAUCAUCUAGUAGCGGCGGCGCCUGUCAGGGACUCAUUCUGAUUGACGCGCAAGGAUUCGUCGAUGGUGUCGGUCCCAUGGCCGCCUUGCCCAAAUUCUUGGCACAAGCCGGAGUGGCCGUCCUCAAGAGUGUUCCCUUGCGAAGUUCCGCCAAUCAAAUGUCCUAUUUUGAUAAAGAGACAUACGCCACCGACGAUGCCCUCGCCAUUGGACGAUUGCACUGUGUCCAACAGGGGGAUCUCUGGUCGGAUGCCAUGGUGUCAUUCAUGAAAUCGGGAGGAUUCUCGCCGUCCGCCAAGGUACCCACCAUUGACAUGCCGGCAUUGGUACUCUGGGGACGACAAGAUGGUAUUUUGGAUGGAGAAGAAUUUGCCAACAAAUUUGUACAAACGCUCCCCAAUGCCGAACUCAAAUGGAUUGAAGAGUGUGGUCAUGUGCCACAUUUGGAACAACCCGAUGUGACGGCCGAGGCCAUUGAGGAAUUUCUAUCUAGCAAAGUGGCGGGAUCGUCGUCAUCCGAGAAGCAGCAACAAAACGGCAGUCCCACGGAUGCCUUGGCGGAAGCAGCGUCCAAACUGUUUCAGUUCAAUUAGCUAGUAUACAUACUUCGUGCAUGCGUGCUUCCAAGCUACCGUACCUG